ACAAGUGAUAGUUUCGAUACGUGAAAUUCUGGAGAAAUGGGAGCGGCCGAGGCGGAUAGGACAUUGUUUGUCGGGAAUUUGGACCCGCGAGCUACAGAAGAGCUGCUUUUUGAGUUAUUUUUGCAGGCAGGCCCUGCAUUUAGUGUUAAAAUCCCAAAGGAUAAAGAUGGAAAACCAAAGCAGUUUGCUUUUGUGAAUUUCAAGCACGAAGAGUCUGUUCCCUAUGGAAUGAGUCUACUAAAUGGCAUCAAACUGUUUGGAAGGCCUCUCAAAAUACAAUACAGAUCAGGAAGUAAACACAUUCAACAAGAUGGCAAUAAUUCUCCUCAUUCAACACACUUUAACGGCAAUGGAAGUCCAACUGGUUCAUCACCAAAUGGAAGCAGGUAUGACAGAAACGGAGAUCACCUAAAAUCUCCUGGACACUCUCCUGUUCAAAAUUCACAGAGAUCAUUUUCUUCACCUGAUAACCUUCAGAGACAAGCAGUGAUAAACAAUUUUAUGUGGCAGCAGUCGUCUCGGUAUGGAACAGGAUCACAAGCACAAUCACAGUCUAGCUACUCUCCACCUUCAUCUCAAACGCAUUAUGAUAAGUACAGCCAAAGUUCCCAGCAGUCUUCAAGGCUAUAUGAUUCUUCUUCUGCCCAGCGCAAAGACAGAGUGCAUGGCUCUCAUCCAUAUAUGAGUGAUGGCCACCAUUACAGCCGGGAGACGCACCACAGGGGCCGUCAUGAGGAGCACUACUAUGAAGAUAGAGCCUAUGACAACAGGUGGCGGUCUUCAAGACACUGAGUUUGAAAGAAGAUAUAUUUCAGUUUUGCUUUACAACAAACAUUUUCAAACAAGUUCCAUACUUAACUGAAAGCAGAAGCAAUCUUGGAAAUGAAACUGAAAAAUUAGAAGUUUUUUCAGUUGUUUAAUUUUACCACCUCUCGUUUUAAUCUUUUUACAAAAUAUUUUUAAAAACCUGCAUUACCAGUGACAAUAUUACAUCAUCUAGCCUGUUUGAUAAUUAAGCUCUCAAAAAAAGAAAAAAAAAUGUUGUACAACAAAAUGGCAUAUCAUAUUUGUACUGAGCAAUAAUUUGUAUAUAUCAUAAGGUCUGAUGUUAUAAUAUCACGGUUUGCAGGAAAGGAUUUUUAUUUAUUUUAGAUGUUCCCACAUGCUUGUGAAAAAUGGAAUAUCUUUAUCUUUUGCUGUGUUGUCUUACAAAAAAAAAAACACUGGUUAUAAAUAUAGUUUUGAGCUCUGUACCCAUGGGAAUUAAAAUAUGCCCUUAUCAAGCAGUAUACAAAACAAAUGUUUAAGAUGUUGGUACAGAGCCUUGACUUGCUCAGAUAUAUUCCAUUUAACUGAGUUUAAGAUUAUUCCAAUAAGGUUUGUAACUUGCAAGUUUUAUUUUGGUUUAGAUUUUUUUUAGUAGCUAAGUAACAAUAUAUGUCUAUAUCUGGAUUAACAUGUAGAUUCCAGCAGAUUAUUACACCAGCAGGAUAUUCACUUAUUUUAACAGUAUAAUUCAGCUCAGGAUAGCAGUUGAUAACCGCUCUGGUUUAUUAAAAUCACUUAAGGAGAAGCAAAUAUUUUACAUUUGUAUUUUUUUUAUGCCACGGUUAGAAAGCUGAAUUCUUUUCAAAGUAUUUGAUACUAAAGUGUUCUUCCACUUCAAAAUGUUCCCAGUGUAUGCCAAUUUUUCAUAUGCAGUUGGCUAUUGUUUUACAAGUAAAAGAAUUGGAACUAUUUUAUGUUGACAUUUGACGUUCCCACUCAAAUUCACAGUGUAACAAAAUAAGUGUUAAAUAUUCAGUAUUGAAACACCAUUAAUGAGAAGUGUUUUUCAAAAAUAAUAAUAAUUUUCGAAGCACCAUUUUUACAGAGAAAGCAACCUCUAUUGUAAUCAUUUUGAAUUUUAAUUGAUAAUUUGUAUGAAUUCAUUGUAGAGGUUUAUUUUGUGCAUUGUUGGGACAAAAAAAAUAUUUUAAUAUGGCUGAUCGGGGUAACUCAGGAAAAUGCUAUGUCACAAAAUCAUUUCAGGUAAAGCAUAUUUAGACAACUUUUUUCUUUUAAUAAUUUCAAGAGAAAAGCCAUACCCUGUUAAUUAUUUAGUAAAAUGGAUUUCCAUGUAAGGUGUUAACUUAAUAUCCUCUUGUAAUGUCAACUAUAUUUUGCCACCA